AUGCGAGGAAUAAAGGACAUAGACAACACAAUUAAGGAGAUGGAUAAACAAUACGACGCAAACUUUGGUGACUGGGUAAGGAGUGAAGAGAAUUUAGACGUAUUAUCCGUUAACUUAAAGAAAUACGUAUAUAAAUAUGACCAAGAAUUAUUUACUGCAGUAAUUAGUUGGAUAACCAAUGAUUGGGCAUUUAAUUCAAAAGUAAAAUUGAUUUAUAAAGUCUUCAGGGAUGGAUUAUUUCAUACAAAUUCACCGGAAGACAUUCAGAAUUCGAAAGAUUCCAUUUUUAUUAUAAAGAAAAUAAUUAAAAAUUGGAGUGUAUUACAGGUCUCUGAACUAAUUAUUGAAUUUAUAACAGAAAUGGAGAAGGAAGAGAAGAAAUUAUUCUUGUUAUGGGUUUUGGAUGAAGUACCACAUGAUAGGCUGACUGAAAUAUUCAUUAGAAUUGAUAAUUCUGUUGAUUGGGCCUUGAAAAUAACGAUAAUUAAGCAUAAUAAGAUGGGGAAUAUGCAGAAUAAGUGA